GGACUCCCUCGCCUCCUCCCCGCAAUGGCCUCCAGAUGGAGCUCUCCUCCUGGCCUCGGUGCGGACGAGCACGGCGCCUCUAGGGUUUGACCCGCCUCGUUCAACCAACCCGCUCUCCCGCUUCACGCCGUAAUCCCAUGGUAGCACGCCGGACCGCAUUCUUCCCCGACGCAGAAACCAAGGAACACGCCCGCUUUGCCGCCGUUGCUUGCUGCCGCCGUCGCCGGACCUCCUUCUCUGGCGCGUCCCGUCUCCGAGGUUCACACGAUGCCGGACAGGAGAGGCGCCACCCUGCUCGAGGACCUGCCCGAGGACAUCAUCAACAAGAUACUCGUCCUGUUGCCGUCCAAGGACGUCGGCCGCUGUCGAGUUGUCAACACGUCAAUGUGCAGUGCCACAUCCACGCCUGAAUUCAUGCUCCAACACCACAGACGCCAGCCGUCGCUCCCCAUUGUCGAUGGGCUGGGACGGCCUGCCAAUCACGUCGUCUUGGGCGACGCCGCUGCUGGUGCUUCCAAUCAACAGCUUUGGCCUUUUCUCUCAAGCUCCAAACGCAGUAUCGAGAAUAAUCUCGCAGCCGUCUGUGAUGGCUUCCUUAUCGUUUCUUGGGAAAACAAAUUCUACAUCUGCAAUCCCGUGACCCGCAAGCAUGCUCUCCUACCCCAGCCUCAAGCUGGACAAUACAUCCGCAAUAUCGUGGUCGGUUUCUACCGGCACCAUCCAACUGGAGAAUACAGGGUUCUCUGGGUAUCAGGGCCAGAUUACUCGUUUAUAUCCAACUUAUAUGUCGUCACAGUGGGAUCCGACAGGCCACAGUGCAUCAGCGUCAGAUUGCCAGCAGAAGAGAAGUUAUGGAACAAGCUGCCCUCUUCAAAUUCAUCAGCCGUACACCACCGUGGCAGCCUGCACUGGCAUCCUUAUGGCACAAAUGAUAUUACAGGAGACGUUAGAGAUAUUGUUGUGUUCGACACAGAAACAGAGUCAUUCCGGCGGAUGCACAGUCCCACCCAGCAGUGCCGUUACGGGAACUUGUUUGACAUGGAGGGGACGCUUGCUUUGUGGAGCGGCUUGGUUUCCAAGUCCACUUCUAUGGAUGUCUGGGUGAUGCAGGAUUACGAGGCUGAAACCUGGGCUUUCAAGUACCGGAUUGACGUGUCAAUGGUGGAGACAUCAAGACAACUUUAUUUAACUUCUUUGAAAAAGAAAAAGAGUAGACCACUCGAAUCCACGGUGCAAUUACUUAAUGAUAUGGCUGUGUUGAACGAGAGUGAGCUGCUGAUCAGGUUUAACUGCAAACAUGUGUUGCGCUGUGGUAUUGAUGGCAAGUUCUUAGGUAUUGUGAACAUUGGAAAAAGUCAGUAUCAAAUGUUUCUUACCGGCCACCGCCUCAAAGAGAGCAUUGUUCCAAUUCCAGGCCAUGAGAUGCAAGAAGAUGAGGAGGCUCCAUUCUCCACAGGGCAUGUCUGAAUGAUCAUGACUUCUGGUUUCCGUUGCUUUUAUUCAGAUCAUGUCUUCUGUUCUUAGCUCUUCUUACUUAGUAGUACUACCAGACCAGCAGUAGAACAUGCCAUUUUGGAUGGUUGCAGUAGCACCUGUGAUGUCAUCAUUUGGUGUGUAUGAUGAAGUGCUGAAUAUCCUCUUAAUGAUCUGUAGUGUCUAAUAUCGAUAUACUCCCUCCGUUCCU